AUGGCCGGCCUUGCCGAGACGGACGCGGGCACGGGCUUGCCUCGGGUCACCAUCCAUGGUCCCGAUGAGACGGCGGCCGAGUCGGACGACCGACCGGUGCGGACCUGGGCCAGUCCCCUGCGGCACCACAAGCGAUCGCCGAGUGCCCACCGGGAGGUCAAGGAGACGCUCGACGCUCGAGUCGAGUUCACCAGCGAUGAGACGGACGGGAGGACCUACCACAGGAUCAACCAGUAUCGGAUCAUCGAGGAGAUUGGCCGGGGCUCCUACGGUGCCGUUCAUCUGGCCGUCGAUCACUUUGGCAACGAGUUUGCCGUCAAGGAAUUCUCCAAAACGCGGCUUCGGAAACGGGCGCAGUCCCAUCUCCUGCGGCAGGGGCCAAACGGGUCGCCGCGUCCGUUCGGUGCGCGGGCCGGGCCGGGGGGCGGCUUCGGCGGUCCCCUCGCGCCUCAGCUGAGCCGCCUGCACGCGAGCGAGCAAAGGGACGCGCUCUUCCUCAUACGCGAGGAGACGGCCAUCAUGAAGAAGCUCCACCACCCGAAUCUCGUCCAGCUCAUCGAGGUGCUCGACGACCCCGAGGAGGACUCGCUCUACAUCGUGCUGGAGAUGUGCAAAAAGGGCGUCGUCAUGAAGGUCGGCUUGGACGACGACGCCGAACCCUACGACGACGAGUCUGACCCUCUCCCCCCGGCCGGCGCCGCGGGCUCGCACGCUGACGGGAAGCUCGCCGCAGUCCACGCGCAGGGCGUCAUCCACCGGGACAUCAAGCCUGACAACCUCCUGCUGUCCGACGACGACGUGCUCAAGGUCGUCGACUUUGGCGUCUCGGAGAUGUUCGAGAAGCCCGAGGAGAUGCGGACGGCCAAGUCGGCCGGCUCGCCCGCCUUCCUGCCGCCCGAGCUCUGCGGCAGGCACCAGGAGGUGUCGGGCACGGCGGCCGACAUCUGGUCCAUGGGCGUGUCGCUGUACUGCCUCAAGUACGGCAGGAUACCCUUCAACCGGCCGGGCAUCCUCGGCAUCUACGAGGCCAUCAAGUCGGACGAGGCGCGGGUUCCCGACGACGAGGACGCGAGCUUCAAGGACCUGCUCGGUCGGAUCCUCGACAAGGAUCCCGCCAGGCGCAUCGCCAUGAAGGCGCUUCGGGAUCACGACUGGGUGACCAAGGGCGGCAGCGACCCGCUGCUCUCGACCGAGGAGAACUGCGCGUGCCCCGUCGAGCCGCCCAACGAGCUGGAGCUCAGCCGGGCCUUUACGCGCAAGAUGAACCACCUGCUGUGCGUCAUGAAGGCCUUUCGCCGCUUCAAGCUGCUGCUGGCCAACAUCCGUUCCCGGACGGCCCUCGCCGAGGGCGACUCGCAGCCGAGGAGCCGCUCGGUCGAGCAGCGGGCCAAGACGGACGUCAUCGAGGCCUUUGUCGGCCGGCGACGCCACCUCCGGAGGCUGGAGCGAGAGGCCGGCGACGACGACGACGACGGCGACGCGGCCGUGCAGGAACCGCUCUUUCUGGGCAUCGGCACGGGCGGCCGGGACGACUUUGCCAUGGACUCGGCCACGCCCGACGUCGUGUCCGACUCCCCGUCGGCCGUCGACUACAACGUCUACGACCGCGCCUACGCCGACGCCGUCAGCCGACAGCUCGGCGCGAGCAAGUCGAGCAAGCCGACGUUGUACAUGACCAAGUUUGUCGAGGAGACGGAGCGGUUCGAGCGAGUCGAGGGCAUGGUCGGCGGCACCGUCGAGGAGACGGAGCGGUUCGGAAGAAUCGAGGGGCCCAUGGUCGGCAGCACCGUCGAGGCCACGCCGCGGUCCCUGGAUGCCGGCUUCGAGGAGUCGACGCGGCCGACGGCGUGGCAAGCACCGCAAACGACGGCGACGGCCGCCGGCGAGCUCUCUCGGCUCGUCGCCCAGAUGGCCAUGCCGGGCACCGAGCCUCCCGAGGCGCGUCCGCAGGCCGAGUGA